AUGGAAGGAUUAACUAACUUUGUUUCUAAGUCUUUCGAAGAGAAGCAGAGUGUGUCAUCCAGCGAAACAACGGCUGAUAAGCCCAUGAAGCCAGCUAGCUCUAAACAAAAAGACACCGCUAUCGCGAGUCCAGAGGGCAUUGCGUCCUCCCCGGAUACCGCACGUGCACCGGAUGAUGACGUACCGCGUGAUUUGAGCGUAGUUAAGAUUGACGUCUGCUCCAGCCGUCCGGAAACGCCGACAGAAGAGAGCGCCGGAUACGAGUCAGGAGAAGAAUUAAAAGAGCGAUGCUCGGACGUGGAGGAGACGGACGACCAGCCGAAGUUGAAGCAGCGUCGGUCGCGGACUAACUUCACCCUAGAGCAGCUAAACGAGCUAGAACGCCUGUUUGACGAGACCCACUACCCUGACGCCUUCAUGAGGGAGGAACUCAGUCAGAGACUCGGACUCUCAGAGGCUAGAGUACAGGUGUGGUUCCAGAACCGACGUGCAAAGUGCCGCAAACAGGAGAGCCAGAUGCAAAAAGCGGGAAUCAUGUUGGCCUCCCCUGGAAGUGUGGCGCAGCUUGACGCCUGUCGCGUGUCACCCUUCAUAUCGAUGCCGCCGAUGAGGGAGCCCUUGGAGCGCCUCCACUUCCCACCACUCAUGCCCUACUUCCCUCUCGCAUCCACUUCCGGCCUCCCCCCGCCACUCCAUCCAAUGCUCCUCUACCAUCCGCACUACGCCGCCGCGGCCGCCGCACUCAACUACGCGGCACUUCCGGACAGCGGCUUUAAGGCGACAAAGACCACGAGUAUCGCUGAUCUCCGACUCAAGGCGCGACAGCACCUCGCCUCACUCGGCCUCCAGAACAUCUAG